AUGCUGUUUCUCUCCACGUCUCCUACCCCAGAUCUGGGGCUACCCCGGACUCAAUGGAUGCGAUAAAGUGGAGUCGAAUGCUUUAAGAGCGGCAUGUCCGGCAGACAGGCUCCAUGCCUCCUCACCUGCAUCCUGCCCGGUCAACAUGUCAACCAUGGCAAAUGAAAAACACGACAUUAACGCAGCAGAAAAGGGGGCCGUCCGUGCAGCUUCGGAGGACGAGCAUGCAGCUCUUCCUGGAUCAAUCUACAAUGCCAUCUCACCGGCUGCCUCCAAGGCCGUGGUAAGAAAACAGGAUCUCCGAAUCCUCCCCUUAUCGGCAUUCAUCUACUUCCUCUGCUACCUCGACCGGUCCAAUAUCGGCAACGCCAAGAUCAUGAACUCGUCCACCGACAACGACCUUAUGACCGAGACUGGCAUGUCUAACUACCAGUACACAAUUGGCCUGAUGAUCUUCCUAGUGGCCUACGGUGUCUUCGAGGCCCCCUCGAACAUCCUCCUCAAGAAGCUCCACCCAUCCAAGUGGAUAUCCUUCCUCAUGGUAUCCUGGGGUGCGCUGACCAUCUCCCUCGGGGCGUCCAAGAACCCAGCCACCGUCAUUGCCGUGCGCUUCCUCCUGGGGAUCUUCGAGGCAGGCCUCUUCCCUGGCCUGGUAUACUAUCUUACAUUCUGGUAUAAGACCGACGAGCGCAGUAUGCGUGUCGCGCUGAUUCUGGCCAGCGCGACGUUGGCGGGUGCGUUUGGUGGCGCAAUUGCCUACGGCGUCGGACAUAUGAAUCAAGUCAGCGGCGUGUCAGGCUGGCGAUGGUUGUUCUACCUCGAGGGUAUCCCGUCCGUGGUCUCGGGCUUCGCCGUCUGGUUCAUUCUCCCGGAUUACCCCGAGACAUCGAGGUGGCUAUCCACAGAGGAGAAAGCCGUCGCUGCGGAGCGUCUUCGCGUCGAAGGCAGUAAGGGCAGUCAUAGCAGCAUCACUUGGGAGGAUGCCAAAUCAACCCUGACGGACUGGCGUCUGUACGGCCAUUAUCUCGUCUACCUAGCCAUCUCCUGUCCGUUUAGCUCGCUAUCCCUCUUCACGCCGUCAAUCAUCGAAGGACUGGGGUAUAAAGACCUCGACGCACAGCUGAUGACCGUCCCUCCUUACGCCGUCGCCUACGGUAUGUCAACCCCUGAUAACCUCCACAUACAAAAUCAAACUCACAAGUAUGCCCAGUCGUCCAAAUUCUAAUCUCCUUUUCCGCCGACCACUUCAACGCCCGAGCCCUACACUCCGCCCUAUGCUCGCUCGUCGGCGGAGUCGGAUUCCUCGCCUCCGCACUCCUCCCAGCACACAACUACUCAGCGCGCUACGCCUGCCUCUUCAUCGCCAACAUGGGCGCCUUCUCGUGCAUCCCGCCCCUGCUCGGCUGGCUGUCCUCGAACAUCGCGGGCACCUCGGCCGUGGGACUUGCCAUCGCGCUGAACAUCGGGCUAGGCGGCGCCCCCGGACAGAUCAUCGGGGUGUGGAUUUACAAGGCCGAGGAGGCCGAACGGGGUUAUCCGACGGGCCAUGGAACGAAUGCAGCUUUUUGCUUUCUGGCCGCGACGGCGUGCUUGGGACUUAGGGUUUAUUAUGGG